CCCCACUUCCGACAGCCAAGUCACAGCCUCCAGGGCACCUUUCGGCAAGCGGGUGGUGGGUCCUGGACUCAGAGACCAGAACGUGGGCUUCUGGGCAGAGAUGGCCCUGCAAAGCCAGGUGUGGUCUCCGGCCACACCCAUGCCCAUGGCAGAGAGCUCCCUCUACCGGCAGCGGCUAGAGGUCAUCGCGGAGAAGCGGCGGCUGCAGGAGGAGAUCCGCGCCGCGCGCCGGGAGCUGGAGGAGGAGAAACUCCGUGUGGAGCGGCUCAAGAGGAAGUCUCUCCGGGAACGCUGGCUAAUGGACGGGGCAGCUGAAGAGCCAGAGCGGCCCCAGGACCCCACCUCACAGGACCCGCACUCACCUGAGGACCAGGCUCAGGCCCGCAUCCGGAACCUGGAAGGCAGCUUGUUCACACUCCAAUCCCAGCUGCAGCUGUUACAAAGUGCGUCCACAGGUGCCCAGCACAAGCCCGCAGGCAGGCCCACCUGGCGCCGACAGGGUCACCGUCCUCUAUCCCAGCCCACCGUGGAGGCAGGUCCUGCAGGCCAGACUGAUCUAAACAAGAGAGCCUCCAUACCAGCCGGACCAGUGGGCACAUACCCAGAGUCCCCCUCUAAGUCCGGAGACGAGGCUGUCGGGGCUCCACCAGCCCCAAGGAGGAUCCCUGGGGCAGCAGGGCCCUCCUCAGAAGCCAAUGGCCCCUGCCCUGGAUCCAGCCCCCCUCCGGAGCAGGAGCCGAGUCAGGGAGGGGCAGCAUCUGAUGGGGGAGUGAAUGAGGCCAAAGGAGGAGGCAUGGUGAAGGUGGUGUGGGAGGGGCUAAGGGCCACGGAGGACUGUACCGCGGGGGCCACAGGCCCGGAGCUGGAGGCUAAGGUGGAGGAGAUGGUCAUGGAGGCCAUCGGGGACAGACAGGAAGCCGGACGCCCAGAGCUCCCUUCGUGGGUCAGGGAGGACAGGGGUAUCGUGGAGGUGGUCUGGGAAGGGGUGGGAGGCACAGAGGGCAGCGACUCAGAGGCCAUGGGGGAGGCGGGCAGAGGCCUGGAGGCUGCACAGACCAGCUCACUGAGGCUCCAGGAGGGACCGGGGGGAGCAGCUUCUGGGGAAGGGGAAGGUGCCCCCAGGGGCAGCCCUGAUGGUGAUGGGCAGGGGGGCUUUGGAGGAGCGGAGGGGUCCUUCAUUUGGGUGGAGAGAGUGACCCUCAGUGAGGAGUGGGAAGAGCUGGUGGUGGAGGGGGUGGAAGGGCCAAAGGCACUGGGAAGGGAGGGAAAGGAUGAGAGUCCACCCGGGGCAGGCGGCAGAGGCGGGGAGGAAACGUGGGAGGUGGAGAGGAGGUGGGCAGAGGAAUCAGCGGGGAAGAGAGGAAGUGAGGGAAAGGCAGACGCGGAGCCAGAAGGAGCAGAGAUGUCACUGGUGGUGGAGAGGAAAGGAAGCGAGGAAUCCUUGGAGCCGGAGAGGAGAGGAGUCGAGGAAAAGGUGGAGACAGAGAUGGGAGGAGGUGACAAACCACUGUCGGCAGAAAGAAAAGAAGUUGAAGGACCUCUGAGGGCAGAGAGGGAAAGAGGCGAGGAGCCGUUGGGAGUAGAGCAAAAAGGAGGUGAGGAAAAGUUAGAGGCAACUGAAGAACCAUUGGUGACAGAAAGAAAAGAAGGUGAGGAAUCACUGAUGGUAGAGAGAAUAGGAGGUGAGGAAGCAUUGGAGGGAAAGGAAAAAGGAGAUGAGGAAUCACUGAAGGUAGAGAGAACGGGAGGUGAGCAGCCGUUGGAGGCAGAGGCAAAAGGAGGUGAGGAAUCACUAAAGGUACAGAGAACGGGAGGUGAGCAGCCGUCGGAGGCAGAGACAAAAGGAGAUGAGGAACCACUGAAGGUACAGAGAACGGGAGGUGAGCAGCCGUCGGAGGCAGAGGCAAAAGGAGGUGAGGAAUCACUAAAGGUACAGAGAACGGGAGGUGAGCAGCCGUCGGAGGCAGAGACAAAAGAUGAGGAAUCACUAAAGGUACAGAGAACGGGAGGUGAGCAGCCGUCAGAGGCAGAGACAAAAGGAGAUGAGGAAUCACAGAAGGCAGAGAGAAUGGCCGGUGAAGAGCCAUUGCAGACAGAGAAGACUCAAGGAGUUGAGGAAGAUCUGAGUCCAGAAGAGCAGAGAGAGUCAGGAGGAGGAAAGGAAUGUCAGGCAGAGGAAGUGAGUGAGGAAGUGGCCCCCCUGGGGGCCAAGGAGGAGCCAAGGCCGGAGGAAGAAGGACAGCAGCCCCAGGAGAAGCAGGAAGGCUUCCCAGAAGCAGAAGCAGUGAAGCCCCAAACCUCUGAUGAGGGCCAGGACCCCUCUGGGGAUGCCACCCCCCUCCUGGCAGAGACCCCAGCUCAGGAGCAGCCUGCUGAGUGCCAGCCACUGCUUCAGGUGGAGGAGCCCAGGGCCAACCCCAGUGCCCACACUGUGCCCACCUAUGCGCCUGCCCGGCAGCCGGACCCAUCUGCCCCUCCUGAGGGCGAAGAGGCGAGCGGCCCUAAGCAGAAGACGUGCCAGUGUUGUGCGGUUAUGUGAGCCCACGCCCUCUACCCCGCUCCCAGCUCCUCUCACAGCUACCUCGGCCUCUUGGCAUCAGCAGAUGGUCCCAGGUGCAGACAGGGCACCACGGGACUGGUGAUGGCACCUGGGAGCCAGCUGGUCCACAUGUCCAUCUCUACCUGGGCUUCCGGACCCCUUGCCCGCUGCCUGUGACCCUGGCCUCCUUCUGUGACAAAGCCUUUAUACUUGAAAAUAAAAUGUUGAGCAUUUGGA